CUAGUCAUAACAGUAUUUUCAGUAUUUGUAUCCUGAAAAAACAUAUUCAGUCAUUCAUUCAGAACCUGUCGUCUGUGUCUCUGACAUUAUAUCUGUCAAAGUCAUUGUUUUUGUUUACGGGUCACGAAAUCCGGAAUCAUUGCGUGCAACAAAGAAAUAAAAAAACCCAGGAUGACUACGAGCAUCAUGCUGGGUAUCAGACUCAUCAAAAACCAAUAUGAGAGGAUACAAUUGGAUAACAUCGAUUUGGAAGGAAAGGUGGUGAAUCUGAGGCAGCUGACCAGCGAGAAGAUCAAUAGGGAAGCACAUGAAUUUGAACUAAUCUAUUGUGGAAUGAUGCUCGAUGACAAUGCAAUUUUAUCUUCGUAUGGUGUCACAACCAACACUACUAUCCACGUUCUAUCAAGGAAGAAGUAUCCAUCAGCCAAACCGAUAAAGCAGUUGCCUGUGUCUGCAAUCAAGAAAUUUGCUUAUUGUGUCGAGGAGGCUGGGUAUCGUGCCAUUUUACAGAGGGUGGCCAAAGCAGAGGUUGUUAAGAAACUCUUGAAAACUUGCCCGGAAUUGGAGGAGGAUCAAGGGGCAAUAGCGUUUCUGCUGGAUCAUAAGCUUUUGAGUUUGAUGAGCAACGUGGAGACUCUGAACGGCAUAUUGCAAAUGCACCCGGUGUUUAAUAAAGUUAUACCGGAGCUGCUCAUUCACAUAAUGGAGGAAUCGCGUUCGCACGCGACUCCCAGCAGCACGGCAAGCGAUUACGCUUUGGAAACGUUGACGGAUGAUGAUGAUAUGGAUUCGGAGAGUACCGAAGGUAAUCCUUUGAGUAGGAACUCUUCAGCCAAUGCUAUAACAGCCGCACAAUUGGCUGCUGCGAUUGCUAAUGCUACCACCAGUUUUUCAUCGACUGGCGGUGCUGGUGGUUCAUCUUCCGCUGCUGCUGCUGCUCCUGCUUCCGGCACUGCGAAUGCAUCCACGACACCGGAUGGUUCGAGGAAUUUGAUCACCAGCGAGAUGUUCGGUAACGCUCUCGCCAAUGCACUAGGGCCGAGCAGCAAUCCCGGGAAUUCGAGCGUCAAUCCUGGGAAUGCGAGCGUCAAUCCAGGCAUCGCGAGCGUCAAUCCUGGCAGUUCCAGCAGGUCUCCUGACGGCGAGGAGAGCUUCGAGAACAUCAGGACUAGAUUGCGUCCGCAGCUGAAUCAGAUGCAGGAGAUGGGAUUGGUGAACGAAAGCCAGAACAUUCGAGCGUUGCAGGCGACGAAUGCCGAUCUGCAGGCUGCCAUAGAAUUGGUAUUCAACGGCGUCAUCGACUGAGUCCAUUUAUCAUUAUUAUCGCUGCUUUCACAUGUAUAUUGACAUAUGUAUAGUGAUUGCAGCAAAACUUUAUAGAUUUUAAAAAGAAAAAUAUUUUAUAUUUAUUUCAUUGUGC